GGGGGAUCCUUGACAAGACAUGUCGCACCAUGCAGGAACUUGGUUUAUCGUCUUGCCGAAUCAUCAUUAACGUGUUGGGUAGUGCUUAGUGCGAAACAAAGCUAAGAAUCCGAGUCUUCAAAAGACGUGUCCAUUAAACGAAAAUCAACUACUACAAGGAAGAUGGAAGGUUCACCGCAGGAACGCAGUCGUACGGAAGAAGACCCGAAUGACCCGAAGCUUUUUCGGUCGUGGUCGUGGCGAUCCUCAUGUAAGCUUGUUGGGCUAGUUUUGUCGAUUGCGCUUGUCUUCGGGUUUCAAGUUUUUCCUGGUAGACGUUUCUCCUCGCAGCCACAGACCUUGGGAAGCGACAACGAGUCAAGCAACCAGCCUAUUGUGAAGCGCGGCUCCUUACGCGGGAGUACAACUUCCAUCGCAUCAUUAAAAUCGGCCGGAGCUGAAGAAAGUCAAUCGGCCGCGAACGUAGAUGCAGGCUCGUCUUUUCUCGAGACUGCCUUUGUUGAGCUGGACCUGCAUGCGAAUGCCGCAGUCCAGACUGGUCCCUCGGAAAAGCCAACUGCUGCCCAAGUCGAUUCCGAUUCGGAACUCUUUCUACCGGAUGAGAGCUCGCAAUCGACAAACACGCUCGAUAGGAGGCUUUUCGAGGAAGAAGUGGACUCCAUGAAGCAGGGCUUGGACGUCGGCCUUUUCACGGUGGGCUGUAGCGCCAACUACGACCGCGGCGAGUUCCGGCCGGGCGGGGCUCUGGCCUGGAUGAUUGGCGAUUACCAACUGUUAAAAUGGAGGGACGACCCCGUCCAGGCUCCGCUGCUGGAGAAGUACACGAAAUGGCGGGAUCGCACGAAAUACGAGCACAUUUACGUGCUGAAGAAGCCAAAAACCUGCGAGAGUGAGUGGGUGGUCGCAGACGCCGCGGUACCGGGGAAACUGAUCGUGGAAAGUGCAAGUCCCGUGCAGCAUAAGGGAAAAGGCAAGGGCAGUGGCGGUAGCGGUAGUGACGUCGAGCAACUGGACCUGGCAAACUACAAGCUGCCUCUGCUCGUCAAACGAUCCAAGCAGGAGGGGGACGAACCUACUUCGACGGACGCGAGCGUUUCUACUACGGCGGAGAGUGAGCCGCGGUCGCUCGUCUACCUGUAUGUGAAGGCUUUGUCGUCCGCGGAAUCUUCGAAAGGAGCCCAGCAGCUGGAAUUUGUGCGGGGUGAGAACGGCGAACGCUGGAUACUUUCUCCGCAACCCGUUCCGGGAACGGAAACAACGCGCUUUCUUUCGCUACUGCCACGGAGCACGCAGACGCUCUUCGAGAAACAGGGCUGGGACAGGGCGGACCCCUCUGAGCUCAUGAAAAACCUCCAGGUGCGCGUAAUAGGGCAUGCCACCCCAACUCCCGGAGCAAAGCCUCCUCCGGCAGCACCGCGGGGGGAGAAUCAAAAUCCGUCUGAAGAAAGAGGCAAAGACUCUGUUGAACCUGCAGCAAAACAAGCAGGCCAAGCGUCUGGAAAGGACGCCACUCCACAAGGCGCCUCGGCACCCGCAGUUACGGGCAACGCAAAAACGCCAGAACAAUCGGAAACGGACGUGGGAACAACAAAUUCUUUUCUGGAACAAGAGGUCACAGCCGCUGCGCCCGCUGCCCCGCCGGCAAAGAAAACUACAUUACCGCUGGCGACGGACAGCUUGCCGGAGGAGUUUGGCCUGGCGGACCGGGUCGUGGGUGUUCAUGUUCGUGAGGCAAACGACGCACAUGUGGAGCUGUUCGAAGACGUCGACCGGAAGUCCGUCUUUAUCGGAGCGAUGGGCGGACUGGAGGGUGAGCAUAGCGGUCUUUUGCAGGAAACGCUGCUGGCAGAGAACAUGAACUGGGCCUUCGGAGACUACGAGGAAAUGCAGGAAGCCUGGCGAGACCUCGCGAUUGUCGCGACCCACACCGGGAACCACUUCGUUCACAACCUCUUCGCACCUCUGAAACCGGUAGUGCAGUUGCACACGCACCUUUCCCGCAACGCCGGCGUAGACGGCUUUUAUGUGAAGCAGGAGGCCCGGAAGGAACUCGGCGGCGUCGUUCUCCUACACGUCGCGGACCAGGGAGGAUUGCUCAAUUUCUUUUUCCGCCCACUGGCCACCGACACGCACGAAGAGGUCAGUCUUUCCUUGCAGCGAAUUCGUGACACCGAACACCCGGACGAGGUAUGGGUGAUGUUUUUCUACGUGUUGAUGAAGCAAACACAAACGUUUUUACUUAGUUUUUUUGGGUUACACGCUGAGCUCUCGCGAACAAAUAAAAACUGUGUUGUCCUCCCUUCAAAAUUCGCUUCAAUUUCACAAACAUUACUUACAAAAGGACUACUACCACCUGAUAAAGCGCGAAGGGGCAAAAGAGACUGUGGGAACAAGAAAAAUACACGCUGCUGUUGAGUUCUACGCCGAAAUCAAGAAGUUCAGGUUCGAACUGACCAACGUGGGCCCCCUCCCGAAAGCGCCCGCUGCCGCUUCGUUUGUCCAGCAGACACAACAACCUGGUGAGGCCGUUCCUGCUGCGGAAAAUGAUGUACCCACAUCUACUUCGCCUGCUGUUGCGGCUGCCACCCCGGCAGAUGCACCGGCGGAAAGUGCGAGUGCCAAGCAAGCCGAGUAUCAAGAGGCCGCGCUCGAGAGUCGGGAGGUGUCAGCGGAGGCCCGGGAACUGAUCGACAAGCAGGGACCGCAGGUCGUGGCCGCGGCGCUCUGCUCGGUCUCAGUGUUGUACUACAUCGCAGCGGGAAGUUGGGCCACAAUGAACAAUGCGGUUUUCCAGUACAUGCACAACGGGCAUUCCCUCGAUUUUAUCACGCGAGCGGUUUCGUUAAUCUAUCCGCAAAUCGCGGAACCAAUUUCAACCAUUGCUCCGUUUUUGGGACUCUUGUAGGUGUAGCCCAUACAAAAAUAAAUUGCAGAUCUCCAAUUUCUUGUCGAGAAUACAAAACAAAAACCCGAUGAUCACCAAAAAUCUGCAAGUUCAACUCCUCGAGAAUGAUGACACUUCAAAAGUUCAGUUCUGCUUCUGAUCGAAGCAGUGAAGAACCUUUUACCAAUUCAUCCUUCAUCGCCCUGACUUUGUUUGAAAG